AUGCUCCUUCAAUCUGCUUCAAGGUUGAUUCACGAACACUACAUUUCGGUCAUCGCCACUUCGGUUAUUCUGGUAUUAGUCUCGAGGGCAUACUACCAUGUCUUCAUCAGCCCUCUUAGCAAAUACCCCGGACCGAAGUUUGCAGCUUCAUCACGAAUACCUCAACUCUAUCAUACCUUCAAAGGUGACCUGAUUGAAUGGGUCAGUGGAUUACAUGCAGCACACGGCGAUGUAGUCCGUAUCGCCCCCGAUGAAUUGAGUUAUUCGACUGGCGAGGCGUGGAAGGGAAUAUAUGGUCACGCCUCUGCAGGAAAACCAGUUACGGACAAGGACUCCCGAUUCUACGGACCAUCAUUCAAUGGAGCCGCGGAUAUUAUCCGAGGAAAUGGCCCUGAUCAUUCUCGUUUUCGUCGCAAUUUCUCGCAUGCCUUUUCUGAUCGAGCGCUUCGAGAGCAACAAUCUUUGAUCCUCGGAUAUGUGGAUUCUUUAGUUCACAGUCUCCACAGGACGAUCAAGGAGGAGCCCAAUGCGAAAAUCAAUAUGGUUCGCAUGCUCAAUUUGACAACUUUUGAUAUCAUGGGAGAUUUAACCUUUGGAGACUCCUUGGGUCUGUUGGCUGGGACUGGCAACCUCAAUUGGGUAUCCGCAGUUUUCGUCAGUAUGAAAACCAACGCUUUGCGGAGAUUGGCACGUUACGUGCCUUGGACGGCUCCCAUUGCUCAAAGGCUCAUUCCCAAGGAACUAAAGCAACAGAGUGUCGCUCAUUACAAGGCCUCCCAGGAGCGUGUCGAUAAAAGAAUCGACGGCAACCAUACGCUGCAAAAGCCUGACAUCUGGGGUAUUGUCAUGAGCCAAAAGGACGACCUCCGUCUUAGCCGCAGAGAGAUGUAUGCCAACUCGCAGGUCUUCAUGGUUGCAGGUACCGAGACUACUGCAACCGCACUGAGUGGUUUGCUCUAUCAACUCCUGAGCACGCCGGAAAAGAUGAGGAUGAUUGUGAAGGAAGUUCGUGAGACUUUCGAGAAAGACUCGAAUAUUGACAUGAGAUCUCUGGAGCGUAUGCCGUAUCUCAAUGCGUGCAUUGAGGAAGGGUUACGCAUCUAUCCUCCGGUUCCGGUUGGUCUGCCUCGCAUCGCUCCCGAUCAGGGACUGCUUGUCUGUGGAGAACAUGUCCCAGGAAAGACUGCACUCUCGGUUAAUCAUUGGGCUACCUAUCACAACGCUCAAAACUUCAGACACCCUCAUCAGUUCAUCCCUGAGCGUUGGAUUGGCGAUGACUUUGCCACUGAUAACAAGACUGCCUUUCAACCAUUCUCAUUUGGCCCUCGCAACUGCCUUGGAAAGAAUCUGGCAUAUCAUGAAAUGCGUCUCAUUCUAGCCAAGGUGUUGUAUAACUUUGAGCUUUCUCUUCUGCCUGAGUCUAUUGGUUCGGAGAAACAGAAAACCUUCUUUCUGUGGGAGAAGAACGACUUGAUGGUUCAGCUGAAGGCGAGAGAAUGA